CGCGCCGCGCGAUUGAGCGCCAUCCACCCAUCCUGGCAACCAUCCUCCGCCCGUCGUCCACGUCCACCUCGUCCCCGCUCGGCCGCGCGCUGCGGAUGCGCGGCUCGCGCCCGCCGAAGAAGCCUCGGGCCAUCGCUGCGGAGGGCUCGACGCUCGCUCGCGCUCCUCCGCUGCUCCGUGUUUGCUCCUACAACGUGCUCGCGCAGACGCACCUCGAGACGCACAGCCACCUCUACCGCGGCGCGCCGCCCGACGCGCUCGACGGGCCGACGCGGCUCGCGCGGCUCAUCUCUCAGCUCGCCGGCCUGGGAGCGGAUGUGCUCGCGCUGCAGGAGGUGGAGCCUCCUGUCUUUGCCGCGCUCAGCCAGGCGCUCGGCGCGUACGGCGUGCGCGGCGUGUACAAGCAGCGCACCGGCGCCGGCCAGCCCGACGGCGUGGCGGUCUUCCUCCGCACGCCGCGGCUGCAGCUGCUGUGCGUCGAGGAGGUCGAGUUUGCGGCGCUGGCGAAGCGGGAGCCCGACCUCGUUGUGCCCCCGCCGAGCGCCGAGCUCGCGCUGCGGCUGCGCAGGCAGGCGGACAAGGGCCAGGUCGCCCUCCUCGUGACCGUCCUCGACACACAGAGCGGUGGGGAGAGAUAGAGCCUCCAGAGCAGAGAGCGACGCCGGAGCGGGGAGAGAGAGUCGAAAGAGCAGGGCCUAGUCUCUGCGCCCCUCGGCUGCUCCCUCCCCGCCCGACACGCCCCGCCCCCGGGCCGCAGGCGCCCGCCUCGUCGUCGGCUGC